CUCAUAGCAAGAUGCUGCAGAUCUAAUAACACGUAAAUCAGUUUUCCCAUCCUUUUUAUACUUUGUUUCACGGGGUACAAGUUCAUCAUUAAGAAAUGAUAAUCUUAAUAUUAGUAUAUUUGAUGUCCGCAUUGUGGCCUGCAACUGGAUUCUUUUUCCAACCAUCAGUAAAGACUCCGUUGGGUGAGAUUGAAGGAAUUUAUUCUAUAUUUGAUCUUGUACCAGUGAAAGAGUACCUUGGAAUACCUUUUGCCAAACCUCCCGUUGGAAGUCUGCGAUUUUUAAAAACAGAACCUGUGGAAGCUUGGAGUGGUACCCUUAAGGCGAAUAAACAGCCUCCUGCAUGCAUGCAGUAUACAGAAGGACCCUUCCCAUGGUAUGAUAAUAUGACUGGUAAAAGCGAGGAUUGUCUUUAUUUAGAUAUUUACACGCCUUUCUAUGCUUCUAAAGGAAGUAAGCUUCCUGUGCUUUUCUGGGUGUAUGGUGGAGGAUACACUCUGGGAUCUAAUCGCUUGGACGUGUAUGACGGAAGAGUUUUGGCAAAGAAGGAAGGUGUGAUUGUGGUAACAAUCAACUAUCGUUUGGGACUGUUUGGUUUCCUUACAUCAAACACAAGCGAUGCGCCGGGAAAUGUGGCUUUGUACGACGUAGUGAUGGCGCUCCAGUGGGUAAACGAUAAUAUCGAAUAUUUUGGAGGCGACAAGGACCGGAUCACUAUUAGUGGGGAAAGUGGUGGAUCCUCGAUCGUCAGCAUACUAUGUGUUUCUCCUCUGACCAAAGGCCUGUUCAGCCGAGCCAUCCUUCAAAGCUCGUCCAUCAUUAAUCGUAAGAAUAACGAGUUGGAUUAUAACCUGAAUCUUACGCAGCGUCUUGCAGUAGCCGUCAACUGUGCAACUGACAAUUUUACAAUCUAUGAUCACCCAACGGACGUCGUUCAAUGUCUGAGAAAUCGAAAUGCCACAUAUUUGACGAGGACUUUAUCGUCAUUUGCUCCAUUUUCAACGGCGUCUUUCUAUCCUCAGUACGGCGACUCUCUUCUUCCACAUAAUGCCCUAAGCGACAUCAGAAAUGGCAACUUCCAUAAAGUGCCCAUCCUCUCCGGAGUUCUUAGAGACGAAGGUUCUUUCUUUCUUGCCACAGGUCAUCACAUUGAGUUCGGCUUUUUCGGCAAGAAAGAUCCGCAGGUUAACAAGACAUACGCUACAACUCUGCUUCAAAGUAUCUUCAGCAAUUACACAGAUCCACAAAAGUACAUCGAUUUCUACCUGAAAGACGUACCUGAUGAUGAUUAUGAUCUGAUCAGAAGGCAAGUCUACACUGCAAUCGGAGAUACCACCCUUUUAUGUCCUGCGGUCUUUUUUUCAGAAAGCUAUGCCGAAAGGAAACAACAUGUAUAUUUUUAUUUCUUCACCCAUCGUCCAUCCAAUACACCUUGGGCAGAAUGGAUGGGCGUUGUGCAUUUUGAAGACGUGCAGUUCGUUUUUGGUCGACCCGUACGGGUACCUAAGGAUUACACUGCAAAGGAAAUUUGGUUAAGUAGCCAAAUAAUGAAAAUAUGGGGAAACUUCUCAAAAAAUGGGAAUCCAGGUGCUUAUCUUAACUGGCCAAAUUAUUCCAAAGAAAAUCACACAUAUCUGACUCUAAAUAUUAGCAAUUUUGGUAGUCUUGGCACUGGUCCUAAUCUGGCAAAUUGCUACUUUCUGAGGAGUUAUUUUGGAUUUUAGAAACUUGUUUAAAACAGUGGUGGACUCAAAAAGCA